UUUGUUGAGAUACGGAAAGGAAGAAAGAAAUAUCAACGUGGAGGGUAAUUGAGAUGACAAACUUGGUGGCAAACUACUACUAGACAUUACUAUUAACCUCAAACAAGAACAGCGCAAACCAAAAAAGAAAAACAAAAAACAAAUGCCCACUCCAAAACCAAACCCUUUUCUCUUAUUCCACAAAAUUCAUACCCAUAUUUUCCCUUUCUUUUUCCUAUGAAGAUUUCGAUUUCGUUUACUUCCUUUUACUCAAACUGACACCUCAGAUUUCGAAUUCGAUCGCCAUGGACGGCGGAGGAGUACCAGAAGCUACCAGAAAAAGAUCAGCCCUCGACAAUCAGAGGCUUUACAAAGGGAUAAGGAUGAGGAAGUGGGGUAAGUGGGUGGCUGAGAUUCGAGAGCCCAAUAAACGCUCUAGGAUUUGGCUCGGCUCUUACUCCUCUCCUGUCGCCGCCGCCAGGGCCUACGAUACCGCCGUUUUUUACCUCAGAGGCCCUUCUGCCAGGCUUAAUUUUCCCGAGUUGUUGGCAGGGGAAGGCCGUGGAAUUACCGCCGGCGCCGGGGAUAUGUCGGCGGCUUCUAUACGGAAGAAAGCCACGGAGGUUGGGGCAAGAGUGGAUGCUCUGGAGAGUUCCGUAGGUCAACAGAGUCGGAGCCAUCAUUCCCACGCAUCGGCAUCUCCGCCAGAGACGAAAGGGUGCAGUGGGUUCUUGGAUCGGGUGGAUUUGAACAAAUUACCCGACCCGGAAGAAGAAGAUGAAGAAGGGGAUGGUGAGUUCGAGUGGGAGAGAGUCGAGAGACACUGAAAUGAAAUUCAAACUCAACAACUCAAGAAUUGGGGAUUUUUUUUCUCUUAUUCAAAGGCGCCAACAUGCGCCGCCGAGGUAUGUCACCGCCGAUCAUCGUCCGUCCCCUGAUUUGCCUCUCUCUAUUUCUGUUUAGGCCGCCUCCAUCUAGGGUUUUUUUUUUUCUUAUUUUGUUUUCUUUUUUUUUUUUUAAUUUUCUUUAUGAGUUUUUUUUUUUUCCUUUCUUUAACCAAAAAGAAAUUUUGGCCCAUGUAGUAAUAUUAUGAUUAUGAAUGAAUGUACAUUAACUUAGGAACCCAGUUAUGAUAAUGAUGAUAAUGAUGAUAAUGAUGAUAAUGAUAAAAUUUCUUCCUUGGUGUAACUGGAAUCAA